AUGCCCGCCGAGUUCCUUGCCAAGAACCCUCCCCCGCUCUGGCUCACUCUCUACCACCUAGUCACCCGCCUCCCUGACUCUCUGCGUGCAGUCAGGGAUUCCUUCCUAGCUCGCUGCCCUACUGAGCUCACCAUUGCCCUCCUCGAGAAGGAACUACUUGCAGCUGAGGCUAGCAUAGUCGCUGUAGGUGCCUCUCGUGGCGACCCCCGCACCCCGUUCUUUGAGGGGUGUUCUCCUUCCCCCCUUCUUCCCUCUGUCGCCUCUGCUGCUGCUGUCGACCUCCUUGGUGCUGAGAAGGUCGGGACUGCGUCUGCUUCGAGCGGACGCCGCAGCGGCAAGGGCAAAGGGGGCAAGGGAGGCGGAGGUCACAGUGGGGGAGGAGGUGGUGGGGGCGGUGGCGGCGGUGGGGGUGGUGGCGGGGAUGGAGGGGUGAGUGGUGGCGGUGAGGGGGGUGGCGGCAGCGGCGGGGGAGGUGGCAGAGGCGGGGGCGGUGGUGGGGGUGGCGGUGGACGUGGAGGCGGCACGGGUUGGGGUGGUCGAGGAGGUGGGAGCGGAGGUGGUGGUCGUGGAGGCGCUGGCGGUGGCCAGAGCCAGCAGCACACUCCGUCGCCCCAGGAGACGUGUGGGAGGGCCCACACCGCGCAGCGCUGCUUCUCUCGUCUCGACGACGCUUGGCGUGUUCAGUUCCCUCAGGCCUCUGAGCUGCCCCGCUGGAUUGAUCUCCUGAAGAAGGGGAUUGAUAUCUAUGCUCUAGACUUUGAUGCUAUUCUCACUGCCAUGUAUGUGAUGUCUACUAGUGGAGAGGGUGCCGAGUACCUGUGUGUUCCGCCCGACCCGGGCAUUAGGACCAGUGAGUCUGCCGCUUCAGGUCCGCGCGUGUCUGCUACCUCAGGUGCUGGUGCGGCUGCUGCUCUAGGUGCUUGUGCGUCUGCGCCCACUGGUACUGAGUCGACUGCAGCACUGCACACCUUCACACUGGACUCAGGUGCUUCUCGCUGCUUCUUUCGUGACCGCACUGCCCUUGAGCCACUUGCUCGGCCAGUUGCUGUCUCCCUCGCUGACCCCUCCGGGGGACCGGUCGUGGCGACCUCCUCCACUGUCCUUCCCUGUCCUGCGGUCCCGUCGGGCACACUGUCCGUUCACCCCGGCCUACGAGCGCGUGACGCACUGCACGUGUGCCCGUACGGGCCGCCACUUGGCUACCUUCACUAG